UCACAAAAUCCACUAAAUAUAACUCUAUAAAUUAGAGAAGUUGUCGAGACAGAAAGAGAGAUUAAAAGGACCGAAAGGGAUCGAUCUACAUCGCGAACGAAACACGUCUCACGUGCGAACAGGUUCUUCCAACAACCAUGUCCGACCAUCACCGGGCAAAUCUUUUCGAUGUUAUUUGAAAUUAGUAGAAGCACUUUCAUAUAUAUCAAAACAAUUGGGAAUUGGAAUUUAGGGUUCUUGUUACAGCACAUCUCGACGUCUAGCUAUGAAUUUCAAUUGGGCAAUUGGACGAAUCUGAUCUACUAAUGUCCCAAACUCUCAACCAACCCAUCUAGGAGCUCAACUCUGUCCCCACUCAAGGAACCAUUGCUCAGUUUUGAACUAUCGCUAUUACUCAUUAGUCUUGGGGAAUUCGUGCAGUUAAGAAGUUCCAUUUAUUUCUGGUACUUCUCUGUGUGACUGCCUAUUUGAGUUCGACCAGUCAACACAAUGGCCUAUGAAUUGACUGAGCAAAAACGAGUUGGACUUGGGCUGAUUGGUUUUGGCUUCUUUUUCACGUUUUUGGCUGUAAUCCUUUUCUUUGACAGGGGAUUGCUUGCUUUAGGAAAUAUAUUUUGGUUAAUCGGAGUGGCACUUUUACUUGGUUGGCAUUCUACAUGGAACCUAUUUACCAGUCGAGCAAAUUACAAGGGUUCUGCAUCAUUUCUUCUCGGCCUCUUCUUCAUUUUUGUUCGCUGGCCCAUAAUUGGCAUACUUUUGGAGAUCUGUGGCUGUUUUGUUCUCUUUGGUGGUUUUUGGCCCUCAAUUAAAGGAUUUUUGUACCAGAUUCCAGUUCUUGGAUGGAUUCUUCCAUACCCCAUCGUGAUGCCUCUUGUCACCAAAAUCAAUACUAAAUAUUUCUUCUGAGCUAAUUUGACCUAUUGUUCGCACUUAACGAAGACUGUCUCCAACAUUAAAAAUAAGUUAAUACCUUGGCAACUUUAUAUGUUUAGGAGAAUCGUCUUUGGACAUUUCUUGUAUGCCAAGUUGCAGGAUGCCUCAUGUAUUUGUUGGUUUUGAUGGUGAAUGGAAAGAGACUGAGAGAGAAUACGUCGGAGGACAAAAUCAAAGGGUUAAAUGGAUUUCUUAAGAGAAAUCUAUAGAAUUAGUGGGAUAAAUUGUGCUGAGCAUGAAUUUUUCAUAAUUGUGCAUAAAACCAAAUGAAAGAAAAGAGGUUGCUAGGUGAUCAGAUCAAUUCAUUCAAGGAAAAGAUGAUCCAAUUGGCUGACAUCGAUUAAGAAAAAUAAAAGUCACGACAGUGGAACAUGAAAAUGCGCUAAAAUUUCUAUUCAGAGUGAAAGUCCAUGAACACUUUAUUUUUAUUUUGCUAGAUGGAGAGAACUUGGGUGCCUUUGCUCUAAUUAUCAAGCAUGCACACAAAGACUUGAAAAAGUAGUGACUAGUGAGCUUACAACCUUCCUAGACCCUCGGUCUGUCAGUUAAGCCAAAUAACACAACCUAUAUGGGAGAUCACGUAGUCUAAACCUGUCUAAAAGGUGUCUCAUCUGUCCAAUGCCCCUUUUCAAAAGUAUGCUUUUUUCUCUCUCACGAUGGGAUGAGUUUUUGACAUGUGGAGGAAUGGGGAUAUUGUUUAUCCAUUGAACAUUGUUAACAAUUUGAGUUACUUUGGUCCUAUUUGUCUGUUUGAUACUGAUUUUUUCCCCUUUUUUUCUUUCUAAUUUUAGGAA